CUCUAGUCAGUCGAUAAUAAAUAGGCAUAGUGCGUAGAUAAGACAAUUUUCCAUCCGCGUAUAUACACAUGUAAAUUAUUAGUGUUUAGGUGUGUUUUUAUUUAUAUUGUAGAUUAGAAUCCUUCGAAAGGAUGGUUUCGUACUACAAUUCGAUGUACAGACAAAAUUCGAACUUUCAAGGGUCGCAAAACCCGUGGUACCCGUCGGCGGCAGGGUACCACCACCAAAACCCGCAAAUGAACGGCGGCGGCUAUUUGCCGCAAGAAGAACCGCAAAUGUGGCACCACCAGCCGCAUCAUCACAGUGUGUUUCAUCAUCAAGAGUUUCCGGAUUUCGUGCACACCGGAAUACCGCCAUUGCAGCCCGGUCUUAACGAACCGGAACACCAAUUGCCGUCGCCCCCGAUUACGGUGUCGGGCAGCGAAAUGAGCAGCCCCGGGGGCAACAUUUCGCCGCCGAAUUCGCAUCACGGGAACGUUAGGCCGCCGCCCGCAAGGAGUCCGUACGAGUGGAUUAAGAAAACUAGUUAUCAAAGUCAACCAAAUCCUGGUAAAACAAGGACAAAAGACAAAUACCGCGUCGUCUACACUGACCAUCAACGGAUAGAACUCGAAAAAGAAUUCACCUUCGUCAACAAAUACAUCACGAUUCGACGUAAAUCGGAACUGGCCGCGACACUGGGCCUGUCGGAACGUCAAGUGAAAAUCUGGUUCCAGAAUCGCAGGGCGAAGGAACGGAAACAAAACAAAAAACGCGUCGAAGAAAAACACCAAAUCGACAUGUAUCCGACGAUAGCGGCGCCGCCUACCAUGAACCAAAUCAACCACAGUAUUAUGGAGCAACAGCAACGGUUUAUGGUAAAUGAUCUUCAGCAACAGUCGAUGAAAAGUGAAGCGAGUGAUAUUGUUUGAGGUUUGGCAACGUUGCAGAACACUUUUAUGUUAUAUGAAUGAAUAGUCAUGCAAUUUUUAUCUCAUUUUAGCAACAAGUUUAGUUUGAUAAUGUAAGAUGAAAGAAGACAAUAAGCAUUAAUUUCUUAUUAUCUUACUUCAAAACUAUGUGACAGACAAGGAUACAAAAUUCUUUUUAAAUGGCAACGCCUAAUAUUAGUAGGAUGAAAACUAUUUGUUAAAAUGAGAUGCAUAUACAUUCAUUGAUUUAUACAUCUCACUUUAUUGUAAUAUAAUAAACUAUUUAUAAUUUGACAACAUUUUUGUUGUGGGAUGCAAAAUAAAUUUUCUGUGAUUCGUUCAAUGUUCGAUGCAACGUUGCCGUAUUGAGGAAAUUUGCUCCGUUUUCUGGGGCAAAUUGUUUGUGCAAUAAAACGAUUAAAUAAUUAAUAAAAACUUGUUUUCUCCUUGGUGCAAUUAUUUUUUCUAUAAAUAUAUUUUAUGUAAUUAAACUUGUGAUGUAAAUACGUUUCUUAAUUAUUAUUAAUUAAAUAAUUAUGAUUAAUUAGCUUUUAAUAUUAUUAAGUAUUCAAUUUUAUUAUUAUUGCAAGACAAAUAUUUUGAAUAUUUUGGAGAUUUAGGAAAAAAAUAAAUGUGUUUUUUUUUGUAUUAA